AUGGACUCAAUCACUGAACAGUCGGAUAUGUUGAGAAGAGAGACCGAAGAAAUUGCUGGCAGCACUGCAGUGGAGACUGGCGACCCCGAAGAGCAGAAGCUCAGGCUCCUUCUCUGGGAUGCCAAAGCAGAGUUGUUUGUACAGGCUGUACAGCUGAAUGCCGAGCAACAACCGCUUAUCAACUCUAUGGGAUCUCGAAUUGGAACUCGAGGAAAAGAGAGAAUUAUCAAAGCAAUGCAAUCCCGACGUCCGGCAGUGAAGAAACUCAUCAAUCAAUUCAACCGAAUAUUCACAAACUUUAAGAACAAAUACCCCAACCAGCAGUUAUCCGACGCCGACGAUCACCCUCUUGUGUACGAGAACUUUUCUAAAUGGCCAAUGGACCAUAGAUUCUGGAGUGAUGGGCUGUACUAUCAUUCCAGUGCGCCUUGGGCUGUAGACCCUGAUGAACUAGCCCGGGCGAAAGGUUGGGCUGUUGCCCACCACACGCGUAUUCAAAACACCAUUGAUCAUAUUGGCACUCGUAUCGAUCAGCUUGCAAACAAUCCAAAUCUCGAGAUUGACUACAUUGACAGUAUUGUGUGCGGCAGAAUGGCGCGAGAGGCCAAAAUGAUGGUGAUCCGCGAUGAGUUACAACUGCGACUCAAAUCACACGAGCAACUGGUCUCAAGUUGGUUGGAGGACAUUACUUGGUUGUGGUCUCGCUGUCAACCUGCGAGCAAUCAACAUUCCAUUUCCGAAUGGCAUACUUUGAUUCAACAUAUUGAGAGGAACGAAUCUCAGCCUACAAUUCCUGAUGUGGACGAAGAUUUGGAAGAUGCGGUCCUUGACGUGAAUGUAGAUGAUGGGGAGGAUGUUGAACUUUUGGAUGAUGAAAAUGAUGAAAAUGAUGAAAAUGACACAUAG